UACAAGUGCAGUGCAGCUGAAAAAGCAGUACUGAAGGAGAAGAGGGAAGCUCACCACAUUUCAUACUCAAGCACCCUCCAAGCUGCUCACAAUGUCAUCUUUCAUGAAGCAGAGAAAUUGCAUGCUCAAUUUAGUGGGCAUAGUGUCCAGUACUACUAUGAGGAGAUAAUGCAGCACUCACACAUUGCCCAGUCAUCUUGUGGCAUCAAUCGAUGGAAUGCAUUUUUUUCUUCUGUAGAACGAGCACCUGGCAUUGCACCCUUGAAAGCAGCACAAUGUGCUGGUGAAAUUGCUGUGCGGUGGAAUUCCAUGUCAAAAAGUGAGCAGGAGGAUGCCACUCAAGCUGCUGUCAAGGAUCUGGAAGAUCACUGUGAAAUGAAGAAGCUUGCCAUUCGAAAUGUCCCCCUGGAAGCCUUCCAUGAUUGUCAAAGGUCAGUGGAGGCCAUUGACCAUGAGGCUCACACUCUGAAUGCCUACACUGGAGUUGAGAUUAUCUUCAUCACAACACACUCUACUACUGACCACUUCAACCAACCACACAUAUUUCAAACCUCACACGCCACAGACUUUUUUGAUGCACAUUUCAAAGUUAGCGCAAUGGACAUUGCUUUAAGACUAGAGGCAUUUGCCAUUGCUGGCAUUCAAGAACUUGCUGCUGCCCCCAAGAGAGUUUCUCGCAUGUAUUAUCAUAACUUCAACCACCACAUCACUGCGAAGUAUCACAUCAUUGUUGAAAACUGGCUGCUCGCCAAAUUCUGCUGCCCUGGGGACAUCAGUUCAUGGACUGAAAUAUCUGUCCUAAAGUCUGCAUGGGACUCUGGUGCCACUAGAUUUCACAAGCUAAGUGAUACUGAGUUUGAGAAGUGG